GCCUUUACAGCAUAGACGCGCAUUAAACAUAUCAACGAAGAAGAAGUACAGCAACAUGGCGUCAGCUGUCACAAUGUUUACGUUGUCAUUUUUAUCCAACGUAUUGUUCAUUUUGGACGCAGCGGAUAGCGAUUUCCUGAGUACGCUAGGAGCAUGUUACAAACCUAUCCGGGACGGUAGUUCUACAUCUGUCAAGACGUAUCCACGACCACAUGAAUACCUUAAUGUAUCUGAGCUGCCAGCAGUUUGGGACUGGAGGAACAUUGAGGGGAAAAACUAUGUGAGCAUCACGAGGAACCAACACAUUCCACAGUACUGUGGCUCGUGCUGGGCCAUGGGAUCUAGCAGUGCGAUUGCCGACCGUAUCAACAUCAAGCGUGGUGGUACGUGGCCAUCAGCCUAUCUGUCUGUCCAGAACGUGAUAGACUGUGGCCAUGCUGGGUCCUGCUACGGAGGAGACCACACGGGGGUGUACCAAUACGCUCACCAGAAGGGCAUCCCUGACGAGACAUGCAACAACUAUCAGGCUAAGAACCAAAAGUGUGAGCUGUUCAACCAGUGUGGGACGUGUUCCUCUGAUGCGUGUGCUGUGGUGCAGAACUACACCCUGUGGAAGGUAGGAGACUACGGGGAGGUGUCCGGACGAAACCAGAUGAAGGCUGAGAUAUACACCAACGGGCCUAUCAGCUGUGGCGUGAUGGCUACGAAGGGCCUGGAGGCGUAUCGUGGUGGUGUGUUUGCCGAGUUCCACCCUUUGUCUCUAAUGAACCAUAUCAUCUCAGUAGCAGGCUGGGGGGUGGCGGAGGACGGGACAGAGUACUGGGUGGUCCGCAACUCCUGGGGAGAGCCUUGGGGAGAGUACGGCUGGGCGAGGAUCGUAACCAGUGCUUAUAAAGGAGGGAAAGGUAACUGGUACAACCUGGCCAUAGAGAAGAGUUGUGCUUACGGAGACCCCAUCAUUACGUAGAGGACGAGAGGAAACGAGUCUGAUUUCUAUGGUGUCAUAACCAUCAGCUGGCUGACCUGAUCGCUGAAUAUUAAUAUUGGAGAAUACAGUGCGUCACUCGAAACAGGUGACCAGUGCUGCCAUCAACUGAAUGUGCUGUCAAAUGGUUCACAUAGUAGGACAUUCAAGUUCAUCUGGGCCCCGUAUUCAUUAAAAACCGUCUUAGAGUCAGUUCUGAUCUAGGACCAGUUUAACCUUUUUAGAUUGUAGUGAAUAAGAUUACAUGGAUAGAGGAGGUUCUGAUCCGAGACCAGCACUCCUACUGUGAGACGCUUUGUGAAUACGGGACCUGGAUACUUCCUGUUAUUUAACUGAGAAGCAGUGGGAUGUGACACAGGUCCAUCCUGAAGCUAUGUAUCAGAGAAAGAGUUCUGACCUAGGAUCAGUUUAACCUUUUUAGAUUGUAGUGAAUAAGAUUACAUGGACAGGGGAGGAUCUGAUCUGAGACCAGCACUCUUACUGUGAGACGCUUUGUGAAUAUGGGACCUGGACAUGGCUUUCAGCUCAGUCAAGGUCUGUCGCAGGAUUACUUUCAACUCUUUCAGUCUUGUGACAGCGCUGAAAUACUGUCAAACACAACUACACUAAACCACACUACACACUAAUUCUGCACUGGGCUAUUUGACUGGUGUUUAUUAACAAAUGUUUUUGAAAGAAUAAACAAUUAUAUUUU